UUUAUGACUGUCAUAAACUUACCCCAGGCCAACGUCAUGACAUCAGUGUCCUUGGAUUUACAUUGAGAACACAUUUUAAAUUCCCAUGUAUUGGUCCACCAAGACCAGUGUGUACAUACUCAAAAGAAGGGGGGGGGGGUGACCCCGAAAUGAGCCCCGGACACGCAACCUGCCAGACCAGCCAACCUGACCAAGUCUUUACUGAACUGAAGGAGCUGAGAGAGAUGGUGGUGGAACAGAGAGUGGAGCUGAGGAACAUGGUGGUGGAACAGAGAGUGGAGCUGAAGAACAUGGGGGCCAGAGUGACAGCUAGUGACAGCCAGGUGAAGGAGCUGAAAGGAGAGGUGGUGAACCCGAGAGUGGAGCUGAGUCACUAAGACUGAACUGGACAAGAACAAGGCCAAGCAGCAGAACUGUCAGCCAUGCAGGCCAGUGACAGAGAGUGAGAGUGAGAACUCAGCCCAGGAGGCCAGACUGAGUGCCAGUGAGAGAGGUGGAGGAGCUGAAGAAGGAGAAUGCAGACAGGCAAAAAAGUGGCAUUCUAUGCUGCUUUGACUGACUCUGGGAGGAUAGGACCCUUUAAUGCUGACAUCCCACUGGUCUACAGUAAAGUCUUCCCCAACAAAUCAGAAAGGCCUACAACUCACUUACAGAUGAAUGCUCUGGUAGCGCUCUGUCAUUUCUGUGAGCUCCAUGGCCCCCGGACCCUGUUCUGCACCGAGGCUCUGCACCCCCCGUCCCCCACACCCUCCCAGGCUGGCGCCCCCAUACCCGGGGACAGAGAGUCGGACAGAGAGGGGGACGGACUCACCAUGAGGGCAAACAGCUCAGCUACACAGAGAGGAGACAUGUGCGAGGGCUGCCGGUCUCUUCCAGCGUCUCACCCUGGCUUCGUCAGUGUGGACAGUGAGACAGGCAUCCGGUUCCUCAGCCACCAACAACCCAGACAACCCCAGCUCUUCAGUGUGGUCCGCCAGGCUUGCGUACGCAGCCUCAGCUGUGAGGUGUGUCCAGGUCGUGAGGGUCCUAUCUUCUUUGGGGAUGAGCAGCAUGGUUUUGUGUUCUCUCACACGUUCUUCAUCAAGGACAGCCUGGCCCGGGGCUUUCAGCGGUGGUACAGUAUCGUCAUGGUAGCCAUGGACAGGAUCUACCUCAUCAACUCCUGGCCCUUCCUGCUGCGCCACCUCAGACUCACGAUACAGAGUCUACAGAGCACAGCACUGAAGGUGUUUGACAGUGAGCAGUGUGUGUGUCCUCAGAGGGCGGUGAGGAUGAACAGCGUGUUCUCUCCUGCUGUCUUCUCCCACCAGAGGAGUGGUAACGCAGCCCGCUCCCUGCCCUCCCUCACCCAGCACACCAACCUCUGGGCCAGCCUACACUCCUCCUUCAGCUGGUUACUGAAGGCCUGGGAAGGUGGAAUAAACAGAGGACACACUGCUUCAGAGAAGAACACUGCACGGGUGCUUAUAGAGAGACAGACAGAGCAAGAGGAGGAAAUGAGUUGCUGGGAAGGAGCAGAAGGGGGCGGGUCUAGACCCCAGUGCCACCAAUCGGAGAGCGAGCUGUACAGAGACUUCUUGUUUGACGAGGGGAAAGCAGAGGGGUAUCCUGGUCCAAAGUUCAGGUCCUUAAGACAUUUAAGACAGGUGCUCGGGACCACUGAUUUCCGCCAGCUAGCAUGGCACGUGCUCAUGGGAAAUCAGGUCAUAUUGAGAGGGGCUGACCCAGGGCUCAUCCAUUCAGCAUUCACCAUGCUGAAGGCCUUGCUACCGGUGGGCUGUGUCCGCUCUGUGACGUAUAGCGCCCAGUAUGAGGAAGCAUACCGAUGUAACUUCCUGGGCCUCAGCCCUGACGUGCCCAUCCCCACACACGUCAGCUCCUCAGAGUUCUCAGUGUUGGUGGAUGUGGUCAGUCUGGAGAGGGGCUCUCUGUACUCUGCUGCUUGUGGUGAAGACAUCCUCUCACUCUAUCAGUUCAACAUCAGCAGUACCAACUCACAGCCUACAGAUAAAGGUCCCACGUUGUUGAAUAAGAUCGAGGUGGCGUUGUCCAAUGAGAACCUGUCAGUGGACGUGGUCUCUCACUGUCUGCUGUGUCUGAAGGAGGAGUGGAUGAAUAAAGUGAAGGUGCUGUUUAAGUUCUCCAAGGUAGAUGGGCGUGGGAGGGAGGACACCCAGAAGGUGUUGGCCCUGCUGGGUGCCACGGGUCCUGGGGAGGAGGACAACGUCAGGCUGCUCAAGUUCUGGAUGACAGGACUCAGCAAAACCUACAAGAGCCAUCUGAUGACCGCUGUCAGAGGAGGGGAGAGGCCCCUUAGCCAGUGAGAGAGCAGUGGAGGAGAAUAUGAGCGGUAGCGGGAGAGACCAUACAACUGGAGUGAAAUAUACUGUAUCUCAGUAUAGGAGGCUGGUGGGAGGAGGUAUGGGAGGGUGGGCUCAUUGUAAUGGCUGGAAUGGAUUAAAUGGAACGGAGUCAAAUGUGAUUUCCAUAUGUUUGUGUUUGACACCGUUCCAUUUAUACCUUUCCAGCCAUGACAAUGAGCCCAUCCUAUAGCUCCUCCCAGCACCCUCUGUGUGUAUCUACUACUGUAUUUGGACAGACAGAGAGAAAGGGAAAGAAAACAAGUGUGAAUGAGUGAGUAAUGACAGAUAGACUGACUGAAGGAUAUGUUUGUGUCCAGGUGCUGACUUGAUUAAAACCCAUCCUUCACCAUAAAGAACAAAAAUCCACUCUAUGGGUCGGUUUUAAAUUAAUAAUUAAUUCCGAUACAUUACGUAAAAUGUAAUAAGUCAUUCGUAUAUUUUUUUAGUAAUCAUAUGGGAAUUAUUAUAGGAACACUGUCCACAAUUUUAUGUCUAAAUUAUUAUAAAACUUUCAAUAGUUUUGUUAACACAUUGUACAGAGAUAUUCAAAUAAAAUAACUGCUUGAGCUGAAA